GGGGGGACGGGGGGGCCCAGGGCGGACGGAGAACGGGGGUGGGGUGGCCCUGAGCUCCUGGGGGACCGGGACGGGGACGCCGCUCCACGAGAGCCCCGCAGAACACCCCCGAGCCCCGCGGAAUCCCACGAGACCCCCCCGGAUCCCCGCCUGACCCCCCUGGAUUGCCCCCGCGCCCCUCCAGACCCCCCCGGACCCAGCAGGCAGGGGAGGGUCCGCCCCCACCGUGCCCUGGGGACGUGCCCGGGGGUCCCGGGGAUCCCAAAGCCCCCGGGCGUGCAGGGGGUCCCUAGCUCGGGUCUGGGGGCGCUCACCCCGUGCCAUCCCCCCCCGCAGGUCCCCCCGUGGCCAGGACGGAGCUGGAGGAGAUGGAAGCCCCGGGAUGCACCGGCUCAGAGUGGCUGGUGGUCCCCAAGGCGGAGGUGACUCCCGAGGACGGCAGGGAUGACCCGGGGGACGCAGGGCUCCACGGCUCAGGGCAGUGGCUGGUGCGGAAGGUGAAGGUGGAGGAGGAGGAGGAGGCCGAGGCCUGGGCGGCCGCGGCCGGCGCUGGAGCCCCGCUGGCCCUGCCCGGUGCCUUCCCCGGCGGCUGCAAGGCGGAGGAGCCGUGCCCGGAGGAGCCGGGCUACGGGGUGCUGCCAGCCUGGGCCCCCGGCGGCAUCGGCCUCGCGGCGGGCACCGGGACGAGCCCCUGCUCGCAGCCCGGCGCGCGGCCCUUCUGCUGCCCGCAGUGCGGCAAGGCCUUCGGCAAGAAGGCGCACCUGACGCGGCACCUGCGCGUGCACACGGGCGAGCGGCCCUUCCCGUGCCCGCACUGCGGCCGCCGCUUCCGCCAGCGCAUCCACCUGCGCUCGCACCUGCGCACGCACACCGGCGAGCGGCCCUACCCCUGCCCGCGCUGCGCCCGCCGCUUCCGCAAGAAGACGCACCUGGACCGGCACCUGCGCACGCACACCGGCGAGCGCCCGCACCCCUGCCCGCGCUGCGCCCGCCGCUUUGCCCACCCGUGCCACGGGCACGGCACCGCCGAGGAGCCGCCGCCCUGCCCGGGCUGCGAGAUGAGCCUCGCCUGGCAGCAGCACGCGGCGCCGCAGCCGGGGCUGCCCGCGGCACCGGUGCCAGGGGCUGGGAACGGACACGUGGAUGAGCAGCGGGACGGGGACAGGGACAGGGACAGGGACGGCCUGGCCGAGGAGCAGCUGCUCAUCUGCCCCCAGUGCGGCACGGGCAUCGCCUGGAAGCAGAACUCGUCGUCACACCUGUGGCAGCAGCUGGAGAGCCAGGCCCUGGGCUGUGCCCAGGAGCCCCCGCAGGAGCCCGGAGCCCAGGACCCCCCGCACCCCCCGCGGGUGCCCACGGCCGAGCCCCGCUUCGUGCAGGACCCCCAGCUCCUGUCACAGGCGCCCGGUGCCAACCGCAGCCACGGCUGCGCCCCGGACCCCCCGCCCCUCCUGCAGCCCCCCCAGGUGCCCGGCGCCCAGGACCACCAGCCCCAGCCGCCGGUGCCCGGUGCCAAAAGCAGCCAGGGCUGCGCCCAGGACCCUGAGGACCCCCCGCAGGUGCCCCCCGCCCAGCGCCCCUUCACCUGCCCACAGUGCGGGCGCGGCUUCGGGCGCAAGGCGCACCUGGCGCGGCACCUGCUGGUGCACUCGGGCACACGGCCCCACGCCUGCGCCCGCUGCGGCCGCCGCUUCAGCUCCAAGACCAACCUGGGCCGGCACCAGGCCGUGCACACCGGGCUGCGGCCGCACCACUGCAGCCGCUGCGGCCGCGGCUUCACCCGCAAGACGCACCUGGAGCGCCACGAGCGCACCCACGGCACCGGCACGGGCACGGGGACGGGGACGGGGACGGGCACUGCCACCGCUGCCACUGGCACCGCCGUCACCGGGUCCCAGCUGAGCUGGCCAGAGCCCCCCACGCUCUGCCCGUGAGCCCGGAGGUGCCCGGGGCUGCGGUGGGUGCUGUGGUGAAACCUUGGCACUGGCGUGUCAGGAGGUGCCAGGAGGUGCCACAGGCCCUGAUGGCUGCUGGUGGUGGGUCCUGGCACCGGGAUGUGCCAGGGGACCCGGCGGCUGCCGGUGGCACAUCCUGAGCACCGGGAAGUGCCGGGUGCCCCGGUGGCUGCCGGGGCUGCAUCCUUGGCACCGGGCUGUGCCGGUGCCGGUGGUGACCCCCAGGCCUGGCAUGUGCCGGAAGGUGCCAGGACACGCCGGUGCCGCAUCCUGAGCGCCGGGCUGUGCCGGGGGCCCCGGCAGGGGGGUCCCACAGGGUCCCGGCCCGUUCUGCCGCCGGAGAGCCCCGGUGAGGGGGGACCCGGGGUGUCCCCGCGCGGCGCGGCCGGGGCGGGGCGCGGGGUGACCCCAAUAAAGCCGUUUUUA